AUGGACCACCAGGAAGAGCAAUCACAAGAGGUUGAAAUUCUACAAUCGAUAUAUCCUGAUGAACUAGAAUUUCUCAACGAUUCACAAACUCAUUUCCAGAUACGAACCAAUUUAGAUACUGAUAGUGAACGCAAACAUGCCUUAUACUUGGUUGUGAAAUAUCCCAAGACAUACCCUGAAGUGGUACCUGAUCUACAUAUAGAAGUUGCAGAAGUAGAGGGUGAUAGGGAGGGAGACAGCGACGAUGCGGGUUAUGAUGAUGACGAAGAUGAAGACGAAGAGGCCAAACAAACAAGACUUGCACUAAAUAUGGCAGAAACGAUCGAAUAUGAACGAGAUGACUUAUCAAAACUUUUGUCGAAGUUGAACGAAGAAGCAGAAAUUAGUAUCGGUAUGCCGUCGAUCUUCACAUUAGUCACCGUACUCAAAGAUGAAGCAGAAUCCUUAUUCAAUGACAAGUUGAUCGCCAAGACCAAUGAAUUUGAACGUAAGCGAAAUGAAUUGGAAAAAAUUGAACAACAAAAAUUCCAAGGUACAAAGGUGACUCGUGAAUCAUAUAAUGAAUGGAGAUUAAAGUUUAGACAAGAAAUGAAGUUUGAAGAAAAAGAUCAAUUGAAAAUGCAAUUGAUGCAUGGUGGAAGAUUGACUGGUAAGCAAAUUUUUGAACGUGGAUUGGCUGGUACUGAAGAAGAGGAUGGUGCUGGUAAUGGUGGUAUCGAAGGUGAUGAGUUGGCAGAAGGAGUCAAGAAUAUAUCUGUUUAA